AUGCCUUUUUAAUCUUUUUUAAGAAUAAUUACUAGAUAUUUAACCUCAUUUUUCUUGUAUCUGUGGUAUGAAAUUAUGUCCAAAAAAUGUAAAAUUACUUAAAAUAAGAGGCAUAAAAUAAUUAAUUGUCUAACUUAAAUGUAUGACUUAUCAAAUACAACUUAGAAUUCUCUAAAUCCCUUAUGUAAUUUCUUUUGGAUUAAUAAUUCUUAAUAAUGUAACAAAUAUGGAAAAUAGCUUAAAUCUCUAUCAAAAGUCUAUUGUCCAUAUUGCUGA